AUGUCUAAGUCUACGAAGAGAGAUCGAGAACGAGAGGAAGCGGCUAACAUCAGGGCAUUUACCGCAGUGCUAACUGAUAAGCUAGCGGAGACAAAAGCGGAGCUACUGGCGGAGAUUAAAGACACGUAUUCCAAAUACGAGACGAAGCUAAACGCUGUCCAGGCCACGGUUGAUGACCAUACCACACGCAUCACUGGUUUGGAACGGACUGCAGACGUUACUUCCACUGAUGUCACGGAUAUCCAGGCUAAGCUCUCUGAUCUGGUCGCAGACAAUGCUAAGCUCAAGGCUAAGGUAUUGGAUCUUGAAGGCAGUAGUCGCCGUAACAACAUCAGAAUCGUCGGGCUAUCGGAGGAUGUUGAGGGCGUCAAGCCAACAGCCUUUUUCUCCCAACUACUUUUUGAGGUGCUUGGUGCGGAUACUCUGCCUUCACCCCCGAGGCUGGAUAGGGCGCAUCGCACGCUAGCUGCUAAGCCAGGGCCCCAGGGUCAACCACGGGCUGUCGUGAUAUGUUUUCAUCACUUCAAAACACGGGAGCUGGUUGUGCGAGCAUCUCGGAAACUACGAGGCAAGCUCAAAUACAAGGACUCUGCUAUCCACAUAUUUGAGGAUUGUAUUCUGGAGGUCUUGGAGCAACGCACCCGGUAA